AUGAGGCGAGCAAAAUGUAAAGAAAGAGAAAAGCUGAGAGAAGAAAAAAAAAACCAUAACAUAAGGAUACUACAUUUUAACACCAAUCAACUUUCCCUUCAUUCGCAAAGUCAAUUGAAUAUCGAAAUGUUUGGAGGAGGAGCAUCAUCAGGUUUUGGAGGAUUUGGUUCUAGUACUACAACCAACAAUUCACCAUUUGGAGGCGGAGCCGGAGCCGGAGCCGCUACAACUAACACUGGGGCAUCACCAUUUGGAUCAACUAAUACAAACACAACAGGUGGUGGUAUCUUUGGUAGCAACGCCAAUUCCUCAACAGGGUUUGGUUCAUCCAAUGCAUUUGGUGCUAGCUCUAAUACAAAUACUACACCGGCAUUUGGAGGUAAUACUGGAGGUGGACUCUUUGGUUCCACGGCCAACGGGACCGGUUCAUCUCCGUUUGGUCAGCAACAACAACAACAACAACAACCACAGCAAACUACAUCUGCGUUUGGGUCUUCCAACAAUUCAGGAUCUGUUUUUGGGUCAUCAGCUACUGGAGGUGGUUUAUUUGGUAGCAAGCCAGCUACGUCAACUUUUGGUGGUUUCGGGUCCACUACUGCAAAUGCAUCUUCACCUUUUGGAGCAUCUACCACAAAUGCUUUUGGUGGUGGCGCAAGUGUCGACCCAAAUGUCAAUAAUGGUACAGCUGCAAAGCAAUUUACUCCAUUCACAGAAAAGGAUUCGGCUAACAUGACUAACGUUUUCCAAAACAUUUGUUGCAUGCCGGAAUAUAAAAAUUUCUCUUUUGAAGAAUUGAGAUUGAAAGAUUACGAACAAGGAAGAAGGUUCCCACCAGCAGGUGCUACUGCUAAUGCCGGCUUUGGUGGCGCUGCAGGCACUAAUGCUACAGGAGGGGGGUUUGGGUUUAGUGGUGCUGCUACUGGUGCCUCACCUUUUGGAAGUGGCACUGCUGGAGCAGCAAACCCUUCAGGCUCAGCUUUUGGGUCUGCUUUUGGAUCAACUUUUGGCAACAAGCCAGCUGGGACCUCUCCAUUUGGGGCUGCUUCUACAACAGGUGCAUUUGGAGGUACAAAUCAGAACCAGUCACCUUUUGGUUCCAAUACAGCAGGAACUUUUGGUUCGGGUGCAUCCAAUACUUUUGGAGGUGGUGCUAACAGCACUUUUGGUAAACCAGCUACAGGAUUUGGUUCUUCUGGUGGGGCAUUUGGUGGCAAUACGAACACUGGAGGAGCAGGUGGUGGUUUAUUUGGGUCGAGCGGUAAUGCUUUUGGUGGUCAAAGCUCAUCGGGAUUUGGUGCUGCCAAUAAUAGUUCCCCAUUUGGUCAGGCCCAAUCAAACAACGCAUUUGGUGGUGCAAACAAUAAUUCACCAUUUGGUCAAAGCAAUACGCAACAACAGUCAGGGGGGUUAUUUGGAAGUGGGACUGGUAAUGCAUUUGGUUCAAAUACUGGCGGAUCUACUUUUGGUUCAAACAAUACGGGAUUUGGAGCUGGUGGUAAUGCUUUCGGUCAACAAGGAAAUACCGGGUUUGGUGCUAACAAACCAGUAACUACAGGAUUUGGAUCAUCUACAUCAGGAGGUUUAUUUGGACAACAAAGUCAACAACAGCAACCAGGCGCUACAGGAGGUUUAUUUGGACAAAAUCAGCAGCAACAGCAAAAUGCAGGAGGUGGAUUGUUCGGUGCUAAGCCUGCUGGUGGUUCAGUGUUUGGACAAAGUAAUACCAACGCGUCAGGUGGAGGUUUAUUCGGUGGUCAACAGAACACCCCAACUACUGGUGGGGGGUUAUUUGGGUCAAAACCUGCCGCUUCGGGUGGGUUAUUUGGUGGUCAACAAUCAGGACAAGCACAACAAGGAGGAGGGUUGUUUGGUCAACAAAAUCAACAAAAUACAUCGGGAGGUGGAUUGUUUGGAAACAAGCCUACUGGUCCAACCACGACAAAUGGUGGUGGGUUGUUUGGUAAUAAACCGGCAACAGGGGGCGGAUUGUUUGGUGGUCAACAACAACAAACCCAGCAACAACAACAACCGCAACCAUCUCAAUUAGGGGGCGGCUUAUUUGGAGCCAAACCUGGAACAACUGCUUCACUGGGUGGUGGGUUAUUUGGUGGCCAACAACAAACUUCUAAUGUUGGAGGUGGCUUGUUUGGAGGUGGUGCAGCAUCGACAGGUGGGUUAUUUGGAGCCAAGACAAAUGCCAACGCAACCUCUAAUUCCACUUCGACGGGAGGAUUAUUUGGAGGUGCAACAACAGUACAACAACAGCCACAACAAGCUCAACAAGCAUUGGCUAGCAUCAAUUCUCAAAAUCCUUAUGGUAACAACCCACUUUUCCAAUCCAUAACAGGAACAUCAUCACAACAACAACAGCAGCAGCAACAACAACAACAAACAAACAAUCUCCCACAGUUUUCGUUGGUUAAAUCUGCGGCACCUAUUAAGAAGGCAGUUACUCUAGGAAGUACUUCGCAAAAGGUUACUCCGUUGUUCAAGGUGAGUUCAUUACCAACAAAAACCUCGACAGAAUUGGUAAAGGAAGAUACAGUCAAGAAUAAGAAAACAGAUGAUUUGUUUUCAGCCGCUACUGACCAGGCAAUCAUAUCUUCUGAUAUUUUCAGACCAAAGGAAAGUUUUAAAAGUUUGGUUUUGGAUAAAUCGAAGGCUUCUAAUGCGUUAUUAACAGAGCUGUCAUCAGGACCAACGAAACAGGUAACAUUUGUUUUAGAUAAAUCAGAAUCGAAAGAAUUAUCUGCAUCUACACCAGAACCUUUAGAUAAAGACGAGAAAAGUAAAUUGGAAUUGCAAGGAGAGCAACAAAAACAGCAGCAAGGUCAAGAUCAAGAUUCUGAUGUUGACAGUGAAGGGUAUUGGAUGUCACCUUCGCUUCAGGAAUUGAAAAAGAAAUCACUCCUUGAAUUGAAAUCUAUUCCUAAAUUUAAGAUUGGUAGAAAACAUUAUGGUGAAUUAGAAUUUCUUGAACCGGUAGAUUUAACUUCUAUUGUCAAUUUAGAUGACAUUGCUGGAAAUUUGGUUACGUUUUCCAACAAGACUUGUGUUGUAUACCCCGACGAUAAUAAGCCUAAGCCAGGAGAAGGAUUGAAUUUACCAGCACGAAUCACAUUAGAAGGAUGUUAUCCAAUAAAUAAAGCUGAUAAAUUGCCAAUAUUAGAUCCUAAAAGUGAAAUUGUUAAACGUCAUAUUGAGAAUUUAAAAACGAUACCAGAGAUGAAAUUUAUUAGCUACGAUCCUACAAAUGGUCAUUGGACGUUUGAAGUACAGGAAAUGGAUUAA